AUUUUGUAGCAGAUUAAUAUGAUUUGCUCUGUCCUUGUGCGCAUUGCGUUACGGCCAUUAAGGAGAAGUCAUCACGAGGAUCAAUGGGAUUUAACUUCACAGUCUGGCUCUUUGUCAUAGUGUCAUAGUGCAGUGCUCCUGCAAUAGUAGUUUUUUUUAGUGUGUCCUGAGAUGACACGUCUGACGUUUCUCAACCCCGCACAGGACCGCUGUUUUGCCUUGCCAAGAGUAACAUUCUCAACCGUUACAUUGAGCGCUAAUGGUCUAAUUAGCAGAGGUCUCAUUUUCAUCAACGAACUUGGAAAGAUAGAAUUGUUCUCGGGAGUAUGAGAGUUGUUGGAAAUGUUUUCUCCACUUCAACCAAAUGGCUUUUGGGAAAACGAUUGGUUUAGGAGAAUGAUAGAAGGAUAGUUUUACGAACAGAUUGUUUAAAGAAGACAUACACGAUGUUACAUUUCUCUCUCUCGUUGUUUUAAGAUAUUUGGAAGUCCAAUGGUUUUUCAAUGAGAUACUUGAAGACUAGAUAGUAAAUAGGCUAUGAAUGCCGUUAUCGUGAUUGUGAACAUCAUUUUACCAGCUUCCCGAGAAAUAUGUAGCUGAGUAAACAAUGAAACACCCGGACAAGACCCAGGCCAUGCUUUUGGAGAAUUUACGAAUAAUCUCCGAACACAGACGUCGCUCUUUUGCCACAGAUCGCUACAGACGAAUGUCGACUGCUCCAUUCACCAUCAACAGUUCAACACACGCGUCUGGGUCCCAGGGACACGAAGGCGAGUCUGCAGUAUCUUUAGUCCAACGAGUGUCAUCGCGCCGGAAGCGGGAAUCUAGUGCCAGCUCGGAUCACUUCUCUCUCAGAAAACCCCGCGACAGUCUGAAACCCGAGGUGAAGAUAGCUCCAAACCCUACCAUCACGUCAUAUCCGGCAAGUACGGGCACCUCAGAUGCCGAGAACUCACCGCUCAUCAUGGGUGUGCAAGGCGGAGAGUCGGGUGAUACUUCAGGGCGUUAUUACCCGGAUGAUAACGACGCGGGUCCCCCAGACUACACAACCAUCAUGAGGAGCAAAAGUGUGUCCAAACGGGUGGUGUUAAAUGUUGGUGGUGUCAAACACGAGGUGAUGUGGAGAACGUUAGAUCGGAUGCCACACACACGUUUAGGAAAGCUACGUUCCUGUAACACACACGAAAGCUUACUGGAAAUCUGUGAUGAUUAUACUUUGGAAUGUAAUGAAUAUUUCUUUGACCGACAUCCAAGGUCUUUUUCUUCCAUUUUAAACUUUUAUCGUACGGGUAAAUUACACUUGGUAGAGGAGAUGUGUGUGUUAUCUUUUAGUGACGAUUUAGAGUACUGGGGUGUCGACGAAUUGUAUUUAGAAUCAUGUUGUCAACACAAAUAUCACCAGAAAAAAGAACACGUGUACGAGGAAAUUCGUAAAGAGGCAGAAAGUCUGAGACAACGAGAAUCGGACGAAGACUUUGGAAAUGGCAGAUGUGCGAAAUGGAGAAAGAAAGUAUGGGAUCUACUGGAGAAGCCACAGUCCUCCAUGGCUGCGCGGACUCCAUUUGAAAAAUUCUGGGCCUACCUUGGCCAGGUGUUGGCCAUUGUGUCCGUGCUCUUCAUUGUCCUGUCGACCGUGGCCCUAACACUGAACACCAUUCCCAGCUUUAGCGAGGACACUGAUGCGACGAACGAUUUGGAGAUUAUUGAGGCUGUAUGUAUAUGCUGGUUCACAUUAGAAUACCUAGGAAGAUUCUGGGCUUCUCCCAAUAAAUGGAAAUUUGUCAAAGGCCCUUUGAACAUCAUUGACUUGUUAGCUAUUCUACCGUAUUUCAUAAGUUUGGGGCUAACCGAAACUAACAGACACACAACGGAGCAAUUCCAGAAUGUUCGGAGAGUUGUACAGAUUUUUAGAAUUAUGCGAAUAUUACGAAUUUUAAAACUUGCGCGCCAUUCAACCGGUUUGCAGUCGUUGGGAUACACCCUGCAAAGAAGCUACAAGGAACUAGGUCUUUUGUUAAUGUUUUUAGCUAUUACUGUUCUUCUGUUUUCAAGUCUGGCAUAUUUUGCCGAGAAAGAUGUGGACAAAACGAAAUUCAAAAGUAUUCCCGAAACCUUCUGGUGGGCUGCCAUCACCAUGACAACCGUGGGAUACGGUGAUAUCUAUCCAAAGACUACACCGGGAAAGCUGGUUGGCGCAGUGUGUUGUAUUUGUGGGGUGUUGGUUAUUGCGCUCCCUAUACCUAUCAUUGUCAAUAAUUUCGCUGAAUUUUACAAGGACCAAAUGCGAAGGGAAAAAGCCUUAAAAAGGCGAGACGCUCUAGAACGGGCCAAGCGUACAGGAAGCAUUGUGUCGGUGCAUUCUUUUAAUAUAAGGGAUGUUUAUGCAAGAAGUGUGGACCUAGUAGACGUGAAUGUGGAGUCUAGUGGCGGCAGAUGGUCAAGUGAUAACGGACACAAGUGUGAUGGUGGAGUCAGCACUACCAAUAAUGAUGGAAAAUGCGCAAGCGCACCACAAUUUGUGACGAACAUGUCCGGGACGGCUAAUAAAUCAUCGAAUGAUCACUGUGAUUCCAACAGUCUUCCUGACUAUAAAUGUGCAACAAAUUUAGUAGAGACUGAGGAAGAGUCUGGUUUAAUGACUUCCUCCCAACCAGCAUUACAUUCGGAACAACAGGGAAAGCUUGAAUACCCACCAACUGCUGAAAAUUCCACGCAUGCGCGUUGUACCAUUGAACUAAAACCGCUAAUACGCCAAAGCAGCAACACAAGUACUGAUACAUUUAAUAGCUGUUUGACCCACCCCUCGAGUCCCGGAUAUUCGUGGACACAGGGCCAUUUACAGAACAAUUGCCACCGACAUAAUGUAUACGUUAAUCCGUUCGACAGUUCCAGACUAUGUUCAGUUUUUAAUUCGACAGACAAUAAUAGCAAACAAUGUCCCGAGAGUGUAUUUGCAACUGAUGGUGACUCUGAUCAAAUUGUCCAGAAAUUAGAAGAUGGAUAUACAAUGGCAUGGAAUCGCAAUAUUCUUUCAAAUAAUCAGUCAAGUCUCCAACCAAGACUUGUGUACCAGAGGAGUUCCGAUGAACCGCCAAGAGCACCCGAGAGAUCACUUCUUAAACGUCACAAAUCGGAGACUUGUGAUCGAAAUGACAAACUCUCUGGAAUUAAGGAACGGACCUACUCCUCAUCAGAUAAUAUUCAUGAUGAGAGUUCAAGCAAAUCUAAAACUGCCAAGUUUCGCAAGGCAGUAUCGCUGGCCAGUAGACUGCAUUCAAGCCCUUCAACCGGACGGAAAUUAGCUAAUUAUCAUUUAAUUGCGAAUCCACAAUCAGGUAAAUCCAGUGAUUCCGGGAAACUUCAAAAUGGAAUAAAUUGUGACACUUCUCCCCCAUUCGAAUACCCUCCGACAGUGAUGAAAUCGAUACUAAAAAAAGAUUAUAAAGUCGCUUCUGGCUAUGAUAUUGAAUCGCUUUUACACAAUACUUCCAAUGAUUGUGACGUAUUUCAAUGGGAGAAUUCUUCUCCAGAAAACCCCGCCACAGAUAUUGCACACUCGUUAAGUGUGCCGGAAAGUGAUCUUCCCUCAAAGUACGACAAUGGAAACAAAGAAGAUACAAUUCCGGUGAGACAAAACAGUGAUGCAAACGCAAUUCUGCUUUCUUCCCCUCUUAAUUCUGCUUGCGGAACUCCCCAGACGGAUAGGUUGGAUAAUUAUAGUUUAUUCGACUCAUCCGAAAAUAGAGGUGACGAAGAGCUGGAUUUUAGCGAUAGUGUGGCGAGUCCUAUAAAAGGAAACUGCUGGCACAGAGACAGUGGUAACUCGUUACCAUGGCAGAAUAACGACACAAGCCCCUCUGACAAUUUCGAUGUGGAAGAGAGCAUGGUAGGAUCUUACUCGUUAGAGAGGUCCCCCUCGGAUGACAAUAGUCUUUCAUCUCAUAACUUAAUGUAUUUAUCCCCUGUUGAAAAUAAUUCAAAUUCAGAUUCAAGGAUAGGUCUACAACAGACAGAGUUUUUGUCUGAUGACGAUUUAAAUGGUCAACGAAAAGAUUAUCAGGUGGACACACUGUUGAAUAAUAUUGGACGUCUAUCUUCAGACGAUAGCACAGAGAUAUAUUCCCAGGAAGCUAGUGGAUAGUCAGUGUGCCGAUGUACGUCUCACUGUCAUCAAACUUGGGUAAGCUUCCCAAAGUUUGUCGUCUUUUGUCAUAUACACUGUAUCGACAUUGUCGAAUUUUCAACCAAAUUUGCCACAAACUUUUGGCGAAAAAGAUAUAGAGUUCAAAUAAGGACAAGUCUACGAGUUAGAACAUAAUGCAAUAGGUUGGGGUCACUUAGAUAUCUUUUUUUGCCCCCGAGAUCGAAGAUCGGGGGGCAUAUUGUUUUUGUCCUGUCUGUAAUUCUGUCAUUCUGUCUCAAACUUUAACCUUGCUAAUACCUUUUGAACAGUAAGUGAUAGAGCUUUGAUAUUUCACAUGAGUAUUCCUUGUGACAAGACCUUUCCGUGGGUACCAACAUUUUUUACCCCGUGACCUUGACCUUGGAGUUUGACCUACUUUUUGAAAACUUUAACUUUGCUAAUAACUUUUGAACAAUAAGUGAUAGAGCUUUGAUAUUUCACAUGAGUGUUCCUUGUGACAAGACCUUUCCGUUGGUAUUAAACCUUUUGACCUUCACAUUUAACUUACUUUUAAUUUUUUUUUUUACAUUGGUCAUAACUUGUAAAUAGUAAAUAUUAGAGCUUUCAUAUUAUACAUGAGCAUUUCUUUUGACAAGAUCUUUCUACUGGUACCAAGAUAUUUGCCCUUGUGACCUUGACCAUCUUUGGAAUUGGCCAUUAUCGGGGGCAUUUGUGUUUCUCAAACACAUCUUGUUUAGAACUACAUUGAAAACUUGUGUGCAUGUUUCCAUACAUUAAUUGUGUUCAAAUCGUGUGUCCUAGGGGAGGGUUUGGCCAUAAGAAACCCACUUGAAAACAAGGUUACAUUUGUUGAAUUUUAGUACAGAUUUAUAACUUCAAAACUUUGUCAAGAAUCAUCUCUUUAAUUAUUUGAGCAAAAUAAUCCAUUAGCAUUGUGGCCCACGGGCCUUUUGUUUUUAAAUUUUUCUGAAAUCUGCACUUUAAUUUGAAUUAAUGUUUUGAUUCUAUUUUGUUUUUCAGAUUUAGACGGUCAUUCGUUUUUAAAGAGAAUGAUAAUGUUUUAUUGUUAUUAUUUUUUUUUUUUUUUUUUUUUUUUUUUUUUUUAUAGAGUUUAGACAGAAAGAUCGUCAGUAUUGUUAAAAAAGAUUUCUUUCUGCACAUUCUUUGAUACGUACAUGUCAUUAACUGUGUAGCAGGACACAUUACUUUUGCAUAUGUAAUUGUUAAAAACUUCAUAUAUUACGUGUUAUUUGCAUUUUCCUGCAAUGUUUUAUAGUUUAUUGAUCUUUGUUGUAUAAAUUUGUACAACGCCAUAUUGUUCCUUCUAGAGUUCAAAGCAUGAAGAAUGAAAUAAAUUUGUUCAAUUUGU